AUGGCGGCGGCGAGCUGCGGAGGGGCUGGGGCGGCCCGUUCCCUCUCCCGCUUCCGCGGUUGCCUGGCGGGCGCGCUGCUCGGGGACUGCGUGGGCGCCAUCUACGAGGCGCACGACACCGUCAGCCUGACGUCAGUGCUGCGUCACGUCCAGAGCCUGGAGCCCGAGUCCGGCGCGGCGGGCAGCGCGCGGACAGAAGCUCUGUACUACACAGACGACACCGCCAUGUCCAGGGCCCUCGUGCAGUCCCUGCUGUCCAAGGAGGCUUUCGACGAGGUAGACAUGGCUCACAGGUUCGCUCAGGAGUACAAGAAAGACCCUGACCGGGGUUACGGUGCCGGAGUGAUCACCGUCUUCAAGAAGCUCCUGAGCCCCAAGUGCCGGGACGUCUAUGAGCCUGCCCGGGCCCAGUUCAACGGGAAGGGCUCCUAUGGCAACGGGGGUGCCAUGCGGGUGGCUGGCAUCUCCCUGGCCUACAGCAGCAUCCAGGACGUGCAGAAGUUCGCCCGGCUCUCGGCCCAGCUGACACACGCCAGCUCCCUGGGCUACAACGGCGCCAUCCUGCAGGCCCUGGCCGUGCACCUGGCUCUGCAGGGGGAGUCGUCCAGUGAGCGCUUCCUCAAGCAACUCCUGGGCCACAUGGAAGAGCUGGAGAGUGACGUCCAGUCCGUCUCGGAUGCCAGGGAGUUGGGCAUGGAGGAGCAUCCGUACUCCAGCCGACUGAAGAAGAUCGGAGAGCUUCUAGAGCAGGACGCAGUGACCAGAGAGGAGGUGGUGUCCGAGCUGGGGAAUGGCAUUGCCGCCUUUGAAUCUGUGCCCACCGCCAUCUACUGCUUCCUGCGCUGCAUGGAGCCCGACCCCGAGAUCCCCUCCACCUUCAACAGCCUCCAAAGGACUCUCAUCUAUUCCAUCUCACUUGGUGGGGACACAGACACCAUUGCCACCAUGGCAGGGGCCAUUGCCGGCGCCUACUACGGGAUGGAACAGGUGCCAGAGAGCUGGCAGCAAAGCUGUGAGGGCUACGAGGAGACCGACAUCCUGGCCCAGAGCCUGCACCGGGUCUUCCAGAAGAGUCUGUGA